UCGGCGCACAGCAUACUGUCACUUUAACGGUGUGAGGUCUACAGCCACGAUGGCAGUUUUGAUACUCAAUCCAGACAAGUUUUCAGAGUUCGCAUCACAAGAAACUUAUCUCUAAAUGAUGAAAGCAGUCGGUGUGGCGCGCUCACGGCUCGAUCUCGCAUGAUUUACAUGCAGGAUGUCACUGUUGCUGAAAAGCCGGUAAGAUAGUGCAAAGUGAGUUUGCUUACGAGAGCUGCCUAUUCAGCAUCACACAAAGGGAUCUACUGAGUUCAGUGGUCUACUGGCAUUAGGUUUGAAUGCCAUAAAGAAACAACUUCUACUCUUCAACGAAAUGGAUCACUUCGCAGCAGAGUGCCUUGUGUCAAUGUCCAGCCAAGCAAUUGUCCACGGUCCGAAAGGGAAUAGAGAGAUCAAGCCCGAAACUGCGGCUGCACAGAGGAAUGGAGAAGAAACCAAGGAGUCUUUGAAAGACAACUCGUCUCUUUUUGUGGUGGCGAGAAUUCUGGCGGAUUUUAAUCAACAGACCCCCAUCAAUUUUGCCGAGCAGGCAAAAAUAAAAGAGGAGAGCACGCCACCAGCAGCAACCCUAACCAGAGAUGAUGGGAACUCUGCCACACCUACCACCACCAUCACCGGCGACUCUGCUCUUAAACAAAGAAGCAAACGAUUUAGGGGUCGAAUUGAACAAGAACCCCCACAGAAAAAGCACAAAUGCCACUAUUCAGGGUGUGAAAAAGUUUAUGGCAAAUCGUCCCAUCUCAAAGCCCACCUAAGGACACAUACAGGAGAACGCCCCUUUCCCUGCACCUGGCCUGACUGCAGUAAGAAGUUCGCUCGCUCUGAUGAGCUGGCACGGCACUAUCGCACCCACACGGGAGAGAAGAAGUUUGGCUGCCCCCUGUGUGACAAGCGAUUCAUGCGGAGCGACCACCUGAUGAAACACGCACGCCGUCACUCCGACUUCCAGCCGGCCAUGCUGAAGAGGCAGCACGGCGGUGGCAAUGCCACCGUCUCGAGCAGCAUGCGGCCCAGCUCCCUCAGCGAUUACAGUCGAUCUGACGCCUCAAGCCCCACCCUUAGCCCCACCCUCAGCCCAGCCAACUCGCCUUAACCUGGCCGCACUUUCUUCCCACGGUGUCUGGGUGUCCAGGCUCAUUUUUUAAAUUCUUCUCUAUCCAUCAUUUUUAUCCCCCUCAAAAAUUUAGCAGCGUAAUAAGCACCAUGCUAAACCCCGUCGCUUGCUGUGGUGUACUGUAUUGUACAUGACUGCUUCUUGUAGUGCAAUUUUCUUGUGCAACCCCUGUAAGAGAAAAACAAAAAAACAAAAAAGAAAAUGCCUUUUCCCCAUGGCAAUAUUAACAUGAUGUACCAUAUGUCUGUAUUUUUAUAGCUUCUGGCCACAGCCUCUUUCCAUUAUGGGUUUUAGUUGCUUUCAUAUACAACCGCUCUGUUCAAAUGAACUAAAAAGUUGAAAGGUUUGACAAGUAAAGAUGUUUCUUUUUAUUUAAAACGGGUGAGGGAGGGGGCACACAUACACCUCAGGAUUCAGAACAGUUUUUUUCCUCUUUAAUACUCACAUUGACUGCACAAUACAAGCAUCACUUUACUCCGAAAUUCAACAGAGGUUGAAUUUUGCGCCAUGCUCAGGGAUGGCCUCAUUAGCUUGAAAGAAUGAACACGAUGAAGAGAAACAUACGUUAAGAAACAGCCUUACACAUGGACAAAAGGAAACUUUGCACUCUUUAUUUUUAUUUUUUUGAGUUGGUUGGUUUUCACAUCAGGGGAAGCAAAUUCUGGGUUUUAACAGUCAUUCAUUCUCUUUAUUGUUAUUAUUAUUAUUUUUUGUAAUCAGUCUUUUAACGAGUGGCAGAACCACUCAGCAGAUACGAAGGCUUGAAGGGGGCAAUUCUAUCUUGAGACUGGAAAUGACUAUUUUCAAUAUCGCUAUCUCCCGCUAACCCUGUAGUCACACAGAGCUCUGUUGGCCUGGCUUCAUGUUUCAAAGGGAAUCCUCUCAAUAUAGCUUGAAUGUCAUUAUCAGUCCACUUUUACAUGCUGAGCCACCCAAUGAGGAGAACAGACAGCACCACUUCUCUCGGUGGACUAAACUAAGCUCCCCUUGAAAAUAUGGAGGCUGAAGUUUCAAAGCAGCUGUUUCCUCAAUAAAAACAGCACAUUCAUCAACUUCAGGGUUUUUCACUACAGUACAACACAUUCAAAAGGACUACGCCUACUUCAGACUCAAAUAAAGACAAAAAGCACAUGAGCAGAAUCCGCCAAAGACCAAGGUGUGAACAAGAGAACAGUGUUUUUUUAUUCUACCCAGAGGAAGGAGGGAGGGAGGAAUGUUGGCAUUCUCUCAGGUAACAGCAGAAGUCCUGGCCCUCUGCUCUCCACAGAGCUCCAUCUGCAGAGGUCUUCCAUUUAGGAAACUGCAUCAUCCUACACAGGGCUAUUCAUAGCACACUAGCCAGGGAGACAAGUGCCAUUACAGCGGAGCUUCACGCACUCCGUCUCGCUCACUCUAUCUGACAAGAAGGAGUGGGCAUAAGAGAGGGAUAGAUGGAGGGCCAAAGCAAAGUUUAAAAGAAAGAGAUAUCAGAUCUACACACCAUGUCAUAACCAGGCACCAUGAAUCAUAUAGUAAAGUGACAAUAUUGCCGCCAUAUUUGAAACUUAAUAUACAGCUAUGUGAAGCUGGAAUUUGAGUUACCCAACGAAACAAACAAAAAUCAAAACCAUGUGGUUUACAAAUUGUCAUUUAUCACUUUGUCAUUGCACCUGGUUAAGACUAGUGGUUGACCGAUAUGAGACCGAUAUGCAACUGAUGUAAUGCAAAUUUUUACAUAAUAAAAUUUGUACAUUUUAUUAUGUAAAAUACACAGAUUACACAUCAUAAGCACAGAUGUACAGUAAGUACAUCUGUGCUUAUGAUGCUUUUUGGAAGCGUAGCCCUGAACCAAAUAUCGGUUAUUAAAAUACUGUUAUCUCCCAACCCCGAGAAUCAAAAUGACCAAUUAAUGGGCCUUGCUGAUAUAUUGGUCCGUCAAACACUGUUAUCACCCGAUACAGUUAUUUGUGAAAUGGCCAGAUAUUGGCAGAUUAACCAACCCUGCCGAUUUAUCGGUUGACCACUAGUUAGGACAUGGAUUUUACAACUCAUUGUGAACAAGAUUGUCAGAGUUCGUAUCAUCAGUGUUGUUUCACUUUGUGGUGAGGAGAGCAACAGGCCUCCAUGAGAACAAAGAGCACUAUCUACAGGAGGCAGGAAAGAGAGGGUUGGCCCAUAGUGAGACAGAUAAAGACUGAAGCUUUAUCAGGAGCUGAGCACUCCAGCAGAAGAAACAUCCAGUCAGCUCCCUCUCUCUCACACACGGAAACCUCCCUCCCCUCUGCAAUACUCCCCUCUCACCCGCCAACAGCAUCCCACAAUGCACUGCAGGAGCUUAAAGAUGGAAAAUGGCCUUGUCUGAUUGGAUAACAUCCAAGCAGCCGGCUAGGGGGGUUGUAAUAGAGGAAGUUGAAGCCCAAAUCAUAACGGCUCACAGACAGUAGGCAUGAUGAGGUAUCAAAUCAGAGGUGAGCAAGUUGGGAAUUUUUAAAAUGAGAUGUUAUCAGUAUUUUUCCCCCCAGUUUGGCACUGUCGACUACUCUGACAAGAUUAGUCACUUUUUCUUUAAAUGAAUACUUUUUCCACAAGCACAGGGAAACACUCGCACAUCCUUUUUUGUUUUACUGUUGCGGACCACUGAUUUGUCAGUGUGACCACUCAUUACCUCAAUGAACAGCUGCUUUCAAACUUGACUCAUUAAAAAGGGGGCUUUCGGCAUUACUACUCGAUUUGUACAUAAUCAUACAUAUCAAGUAAACAAUGAAUUUACCGUCCGUUGUCGCUUCAGCCUGCAAGGAUAAAGGGUUCCCGUGAGAAACCGGCACCCGGGCCUUACUCGCUCAGGCAAAAGGCAUAAAUGUCCCUCCAGGAACUGAGGCGCCGCUAUCAAAACUACUGUGGCACUGCCUGAUCCACUGUCUCACUUUCCCAUAUGCGUAAUGUUCCUAAAGUAACACUUUAAUAUGUUAAUUUUCCAAACUUUCUGUGACCGUUCUUCACUUAUAUUCAUAAACUCGUUAUUCAACACCAGCCAUCUUGUCUCGUCUCAUAUUAUCUUGCACGUUUUCCUUGCCCACCCUCCAUGCCCAGUGUGGGGAUACCAGCAUCCGAGUCACCCAGCUGGACGAGUGCUCCGGGGCUUGAGGAGCAGGUGGGGAGGCCUGUGAAUGCCAGGCCUUGUCCCCCUUUUAUACUUCCUAACAGCCCCCAUCCCCCUCCUAGGGGCCUCUCUCAUAGUCCUCAAAUCACAUAAUCAUGGCUUUCAGCUAAGGAAAACAGCCCUAAUCAAAAUAAACAGUGCCACGGAGGCAUUAUUUCUGCAAUAAACCUACACGUAAAGCUGUCUAGCUGCGAUUGCACCCUCCCCUGGCCCUACAAAAAAGACAUUUCAAAUGCGACAUCGUCAACUUUAGUCGAUUUCUCCUCCAGAAUUUCGCACGUCAGCUUUACUACCAAAGCAAGCUGGCCAUGUAUGUUCCCUGUGUGCAAGACAUUAAUUAGUAGACAUUUUCUAAGUUGCUGUUCGAUUGCCUUUGUAUCUUCCAAAUACUCCCAACUGCUGGUCAGUAGGGGGCAUUUCGGGGCACAAUAAGGUCAGUCUGAACCAACCUUCUUCUUUAGUACUAGUACUUCUUUAGUAUUAGUACUUCUCAAACCUGGCAGAACAUGUUCAGUGAACCUUGAAAACCCGAAACCUGCAGGCAACACGAGCGAUCAUUUGGGUACUGGUUACAUGGAGUAAUAUUUUUUCCCCCCUUAUAAUAUUAACUGAAAAUAUAUUUUCUCAAUGCAAAUUUACCCACAGCCCAGGUUAUUGUGAAUUAUAUGUAAAAGCAAAUACAUGCGUGCUUGUGUUUCUGUAUUUUUCACUGUACCGAUACUACUUGAAUGCGAAGCAAGACCAUUGAACACCGGUGGAAACAUGUCUAGGUCAUGACAAGUCAAACUGUACCUGCUACGUUUCUCGGCUUAAAACCCAUGGAUGUACUCAUUUUUCUUUAUUUUGUUCAAUAUUUCUGCAUUGUGUUGUAUUUUUGUUUUCUGAUUAUUUUCUUUGUGUUCAGAUCCUUGUGUUAUUAUUAUUAUUAUUGAUAUUUCAUUAAUAAGUUUGUUGUUAGUGUUUCAUAAAGCUUGCUUUUCUGUCUGCUGCAACGAUGCUAGUGACAUUGGACACUGAAAGAAAGAUUUUAGUCAAUAGCGGGAUAUAGGUGUAUAACCACCACAUUUGAAAACGUGGAGGGUAAAAGGUGGUUUAAAGUGAGAAAAAUGGGAAAUAAUCCUAACUUCUCUAAAACAUUGCAUGAGACUGAAUGCGAUACACACGAUCAAGUCUGAUAUAUUGCAUUACAAUAGAGACCACAGCAUUGUGAGUAGAUAGCCACAUUCAUGUUUUACUGUUUUGUUAUUUAACAUUAUUAGAAUUUCAUCUAUGUGUUUCAUUUUUCUAUCAUGUAUCUUUUCAAACUCAUACCUCUACUAAAAUCGAAGGUUAUGAUUUUUUGUCUUUUUUUUUUUUUAUUGGAUGGGGUAGGGGAAAUUGUCGGAUUUCAUAUCGGAGUGAAUUGUGAAUUUAAAUACAAUAGUUUUUAUGAAUUAUCAUGUUCUUACGAGCCACAGAGCGUCGUAUUGAAAGCGAAUCAUCUUGCGUGAAAUUCAUUCUACCAGUAAACCCACACACCCGACUCAACAAGAAACGAUUUAUACAAAUCGAUUGGUUCACAAAAUCCGACUAAUGAUAGCAUUUUAUUGAGUCCUUCAAUCCUACAUUCAACAAACUGCAUGUUAGUUCAAUAACGAGUGCCAAAGGCAUUGGAAAGGUGAUUGAAUUCAUCAUAUACAGUGAUAGUCAAGAUAAAUAUUACCUUGUACAGUUUUCUAUGAGUGAUGUACGUUUUUAUGUGUAUGUAGCGGGGUGAAUGAUGUAUUAGAUGCGCAAGUAUUUCUUAAUUUCCCCCCUUUGGUGUGAUCUUGAUGUACUUUUUGUUUCUUUUAGUUGUUUUUCUCAAUUUGUCAUCGUUGUACAGAACAAAUGCACAUAUAAGUAAAAGUGAAAGCUCGGAUAUUAACCUGUUCACCAUCCUACAUGAAAGCUCUACCAUUCCAAAGGAUUGCAAUUACAUUUGCUAUAAAUAUGCUGCUUAUAUCCAACCAAUGCAUCAAAGCUUCUUUUCUUUGUAUUUAUUUUGCUCUUAUUACUCUUUUUGACUGUGAUAUAUGUAUUACAUGACUUUUGUUACUAGUUCAGUUUGGUACUUAUUAACUCCCCCCACUUUGCUGUCCUUCCAGCAUCCUGUAAACUUCUCCAAACUCUUCUUACCUAAAGAAACAGCCAUGCCACGUUCUGAUACGCUCAACAGAAUAGAAAAAAGACAUGAUGGCUUCCAUACAAAUGUGCAGUUAUCAGUUCCAAUAUUGUCUUCCCAUGCAAAAUAAGGUCAGUUUGAAUAACUGUUCUCCUCAGUGCUGAUGGAGGAUGAUGUUUUAAUAGGAUUAUGUGGCCAAGGGUGCUGCAGUGCCACGACUUUCUCACUUUUGGCAUUGGGUGACUGCAUUAGAAGAGUUGGGUUCUUGUUUAAUAGAUGUUACCAAAGGUUUCAGGAUCGGAUUAAUGAAUGUUUAUGUCGCGUAGUUGGAAUUCAAUCGUUUGAUGGGUUCAGAAUAGUGUUUUAAUGAAGAGAAAGUACUGAGGGGCAUUUAAAAAUAUAUGUAUUGCACCCAAAACUCAUUUUUAAUGGAAACACUCAAAGUAGGCGGACAGUUAUCAACAUGGAUAUGCAAAAUGGACAAUGUUUGACUUGUUUGACCUUCAUUCACACAUUCUAAAGGAUUUCUUGAUUUAAUAUAGUCCAAAAAAUGCAUAUCUGUGAAUAUGUACGCAUACAAAACAUUGCCUUUGUAGUCCCACCAGUUAAAGUUGGAAGUUUCAGUGUGAAGAUCACUUACUGGUGAAAAUUACACUGUGUUUUUGCAGUUAGAUGUUUCUCCAAAGAACCUAUGAAAGUGUAAAUGCCAUGCAGCAAUUGUCUAUCCAGGUAAACGAAGCAAAAUGCUUCUUGAGUUGCUAGACAGUGAGCGCAACUUUGGAUAUUUACGAUGUCAAGUGCUAACAAACAUUAUUUAGUUGAGGUCUGCGUAACGGUAGCCUCUUAUUUGAAAUGGUGGAAGUUGAUUUAAAUCUUAGCCGUGGCUUAGUUUCGACUGUUGUUUAUGUUUUGUGUCUUGCUCAACUCAAGAGACACUAACGGCUUUUGAGGGCUGUGGUCAUUUCUGUUAGUCUGGUCGUCUGCCAAACCGUGUGGUUGGGUUUGAACAACCUCACAACUGUAAAAAACGCAGGGCGCCCAUUUUUCUCGGAUCCCAAGGCGUCGUGACUUAGUGCCCCUCAUUUGAAGAGAAUCACGCAGACGACCCCCUACCAUUCGCCAAAAUUCAUUUCAAAUGAAUACACCGACAUUUCGUAUACGAUAAAACUCCAUAAUCUUGCUCUGAAGCUCAGACACUGUGAAAGAGCCAUUUGAAAGACUGAACGCAUCCUCGUCCAUUGCAACGUUUCCAUUUGGUCCAUUUGGGUGGUCGAUGUUCCUGAUAUAGGAACAAAGUGAUUUCUGAUUCGUCCCUUAUACAUACCAGUCAAGCACAUCAUGUGCAAACGCUCUCCUAUCGUAGAGAUUUCGAUAAGUGUUGUAUAUUGAAUCGUAGUGAGGCACUAGUCGCCUCAUGCUGUCCUGUAGACGUUCGCCGCGUGAACUCGACUUGCCUUCCUAUUGUACGUAUCCGUCUGUAUUUUAACAAUCUAUUUUAACGACACCGUGUGAUGCCUGCUCCAGUGACUACAUGACGCUGGGUUUCUAUUUCCCAGCAUCUCUGUACCUUGUACAAUAGCUCUUCUCUAGCAAUGGCCAGUUCUAUUCUCCAUAACCUCAUUCAAAACAACUGCCGCAUAAUGAAACUGUUUUUUCUUUUGUUUUGUUUCAAAUUUUAUUUGCAAUAAACCAAAUCACUACAGUGAAGUAUUACAGUUGUACAGUUCCUUGAAUUAUUCAGAUUAUAUUAUUGUCGCUGGUCUAUGGUUGCUCUGCUGUACCUUUUUAUGACCUUUUAUUUUUUACAUGUUAGACAAUAUUGUGAGGAUGUCCUAUGCAAAUAUGAGAAUUAACAAGAAUUUGUCAAAUAAUGUAUGUUGUCUUAACUUGUAUGCAUGAAAUAGUGAAGUUUACAUUUGAGAAUAAAUUCAUAAAUAAGAAGCAA